UGAACGUCAGUAUAAAAGUCUCCGGGGGCUGCAUAACCAUUAUACUGCGAUAACCGUUUUUUUCAGUUGCUCAGUACUUGAUAAGAAAUCAUUGGAAUAUGUUAGGUUCAACGCGGAAAGAAUUGCCAUUGUGUUUUGGUAUUCUUCUUCUAUUAGGGCACAAUACAGGGGGAGCUGAGGACCAGUGUGAUCCAGACAUUGUUGAGGGAAAGGAAGUGAAGACCUAUCGAAGUGGUCUCGAGCGACUGAUUCAAGGAUUGGGGGGGAUUUUUAAAGAUGGAUCGGAUGACGAUAAAAGUUCCGGCCACAUUGUUGAUACAUUCAGCUCGGUUUUGGAUAAGUUCAAAAUACAGGUCCACGCUAUUUUUCCAGGAACCCUUUGGUGUGGAGCUGGUGACAUCGCACCCAACGCCAGUUACUUAGGCCCUUUUGAUCACACAGAUGCCUGUUGUAGAAGUCACGACGAGUGUGUAACUGGAAUUCCGAGUAGCGAAAAAUACGGACCAUUGAGGAAUAAUGGAAUAUUCACCAGAUCUGCCUGUGGAUGCGACCAUGCAUUUUAUCAGUGUCUGAAAAGAGCUAAUAGUAUAGUAUCUAGCAGCAUUGGGAACACGUAUUUCAACAUUCUCAGGCCACAAUGUUUCACGUGCGACUAUCCCAUUAUUAGUUGCGCCCAGAGAGACAGAAAACAACUGUUCGAGAAAAAAUGCUUAUCAUACAAUCUCAAUACGACUCAACCAAAGUGUCUACAGUGGUUCGACAAUCCAAAUUACUAGAAGACCUCAGGAAAAAAAUAUUAAUAGUUCGAAAUCAACACAAUAAAUUAAGGCCAAAAAGCAAGCUUUACCACA